UCACCUCAUGUUCUUUAGCUGGAAUGAACUAUCCCCGUUGAUUGACUGCUCCUACAGCCAAGGGGGGCGCUGCUUUUGCACCGGCUCGCCAAUGCGCGCUGGCUGUGGGAACCCUGCUGAUCCGACCGCUGUAAACAAAAGCAUGAGCGAGUUUCACUAGCGCACUGACACCUGUCUGCAAAGGCCGGAGGAGAGAGAGAGAGAAAAAGAGAGAGAGAGAGAGAGAGAGAGAGAGAGAGAGAGAGAGAGAGAGAGACGCUGGAUAUAGAUCGCGGUCAGACAACCAAAACAAAGACAUUUGGUUCAAAGAUGAAAACGAACAACAACCGAGACGCAGAGAAGAACGGGAGAGCUUUGAAGGGACCCAGUUACCCGGGGGAUCAGAAGGCAAAGCUGAGUGCGAACGCCAAUAAGAAAUGGGUGAGACUCGCCACUGUGGUCGCGUAUUUCCUUUGCGUGUCGUUGGCCGCUGUCAUCCUGGUCAUUUAUUACGGACUCAUCUGGGAGCCGGUGAAAAGAAUCCUGAGCGCCGGGCAAGAGGGCAGCAUCAGCACCCUGGACAGCGACGCGUCAGUAAUUAAUAACAGCAGGAGCGCAGCGGCGGUGUCUGCCCCGGCGGCGGCGGCGGCGGCGCCGGGCGCAUACACUUCACAGCACCAAUCCUUCAAAUCCACUCAAAACAGUACUUCGACCAGUAUUACUGCUAUUAAUGCACAUAAUAUCAGUUCCGCGCCGCUGCCGGCCCGCAGAGACGAGGCAGCUUCAAGAAGCCGGGUUUCCAGGUACAAACGGAGGUUGGUGCCGCAAUUAGGGUCGUUUAUUGCGGCCGCUGAAGGGUCCGGGAGUUCGGCCGGCCGGGAAGAAGCAGCGAGUGAGGAUGUUUUUAGUGGAUAUAUGAUGACUCUCCCGCUUGGGGCAGGCGCUGUUGUUAAUUCGAGGUCUGUGAGAAGGGCGCAAAGAUCGGUCCACGACGGGGCAUCAGGCGCAACUGCCCCGAAAGCGACUCGAAUGGGCGAUAAUGAUGUCAAAGCACCGCUUGUGACAGCAACUGGAUCCGGGGAGCCGAGAAAGGAGACUCUUGGGGAGUUGUGGAUGAGGAUUUCAACCCAGCUGAGAAAUCGAUUAGUAUCGGCUCCAGUGCCGCUGCCAAAGAGAGUCGAUUAAAACGCAGUGGCGGCGAAUGAUGUUAUUUAUUAUUGUUUAUUUAAGUACAGUCGAAACAAUAUGAAGUGUACACUUUGGGAAGUGGGUUGACUUUCAUUGGGUUCUGAUUGAAUUUAACCAGCAAGCACCCCUCUCUUCGUCUUUCACUCCGUGAUGUAAUGUUAUGUUAUAUUUGCCAUUCCGAAAGCCAGGGGCAGCGGGGUAAUUGCAGUUAACCGGCGCAAGAUCCGCUUUUAAUCAGAAGAAUCGAUCUAAAGACUUUGAACUUGCAUGGGAGGAAAAGUAACAGAGCUGUGUGGGGUGAUGACAUCAAAAAGGGGCGGUCUAGUUCGGCUGAUCUAGAGGCGGAUCCAAAUACCGCCGCUUUAAAAUCAUAACUGGUUUUUUUUGUUUUGUUUUUUAGAAGUUUUCUUUUGAUUUUCUACAGGCAACAGUAACACAAUUAUAUGUCUACUGGUGUGUGUGUGUGUGUGUUUCAUUCAAAAGCUGCGUACUUUAUCAAUUAUUGAAACAGUGGCGGUAAUCGACCGCCGUUUAGAUCGAUUAAGCUUACCCUGGUGUUAGUGCCAAGAGAACUACAACGUAUUCCAUAUUAGCAUUGUCAAAUAAGAUGUCUAACCUGAUAUAAUAUAUAAACUGUAUCAGUGUCCUUAUUCCGAGAGUAUGGAUGCC